AUGAAAGCCGAGUUCGAGAAGGCGCACGAGGUUGCUGCUCACCGUCCCCGAGCUGGGACUUGGGAGUCUCCGCACGCCCGACCCCUAACAGCGUACCCCAGCACUCAUGAGUUGACCGACUUCGUUCUGGAUGGUGGUUUCAGCGAUCCUGAUAGAGGAGUUGGACUUGACAACCCCUUCCUCGCUGGUCAGUUCUUCCAGACCAACAAGUUGCCUAUUGGUAUGACCUCACAAGAGCGUGCUAUGGUCGCUCAGUCCUUGGCCCCGACUGCUACUUAUGAGAUGCUCGCGAAGAUACCAUCUGAGCUGGUUGAGAUGGAGACCCCAGAAGGGCAGGACUUGAGACAGCGUUUGUUGAGAGGAGCCACUGUUGUAUUCUUCUGUGCUGGUUAUCCAGGCAAGAAGUUCAUUUAUCAGCGAGCUGCUGAGCUCGGCGUGAAGUCGGUCAUCAUCGACAGUGUCGAGUCCUGGUCGAAGAAUUUGGUGCAAGAGGGCAUCAUUGCUAAGUUUAUCGGCCUCGAUAUGAAUCAACCGCCGAAAAAGAUUUUUGAAGAUUCCAUUGCUGGAAUUGAGGCGUUGAAAGAAGAUCCCCUCGUUGGGGAGUGUGACGGUAUUUGCACUUUCGCUGAUCUCGCGGUGCCUAUGGCGGCGAGGUUAGGCGAGGCUUUGGGUUUGCCUUGUUUACCUUCUAUUGCGGUUGAUAAGACCAGAAAUAAGUAUGCUACUCGUGAGGCUAUGAAGGCCUACGGUAUGCCUGUUGUUCACAACUACCUUAUUAAGAACGAGUCGCAACUUGAGAAAGCGGCGGAGAUUGUUGGUUUCCCAGCUGUUCUGAAACCGAUAUCAGGCGCGGCUUCCUUGGGUGUGAAGAAAGUCGAUUCGGCGGCCGACUUGGCUGCUACUUAUCACGAACUUUGCGAUCUUCUUGCGGGGCUUCGUGUUGAUUCGGGUGCUCUAGAGCAGGUCGCAGAGACCAGCAACAGUGAUGGUGAUGAAGGGUCGCAUGGUGUGGAUGCUCAUGAGGUUAUCAGUCUUGACAUGGUCCUUGAGGAGUAUCUUGAUGGCGAUGAGGUCGACAUUGAUGUUAUCAUGGAUGAUGGUAAAUGCCAGUUCUGCUCCGUGAGCGACAAUGGCCCUACAGUAGAGCCGUACUUCAAUGAGAGCUGGGCUGUGUUGCCGUCCAUGUUGCCCGAGAGUAAGGUUCAAGAGCUUCAGGACAUGGCCAUUGAUGCUUUGCUCUCUGUUGGGAUAUCCAAGGGACUUUUCCAUGUUGAAGGGAAGUAUACGAGUCGUGGUCCGAGGUUGGUUGAGAUCAAUGCUAGGAUGGGUGGCGGCCCUGUACGGACGAUUCAUCAACAUGUUGAGGGUGUUGACCUUGUUGUUGAACAGCUCUUCUUAGCGUGUGGUAUUCCUUCUAGACCGCAGGCACAUGAGGCUAAUAGCGCUGUCGCCUACGGUUUCGCUCUGAACGAGAAGUCUGGUGUGAUCAGAGAUAUCGAUUUCAUUACUCGUCGUGAAGAUGCUCCUAAGGUUAUCGAGCUGCAACCAUUGGUUGAAGCUGGAGAACAUGUGGUUGGCCCCGAGGAAGGAAUGCCGACUUGGCUCGCUGUGAUCGUUGUUGAGGACGAGACAAGCGAGAAAGCCAAAGAGGAAUGUCAAAGACUGAUGGGAGUUAUCGCACACGACUGUGCCAGCUCUCUGGUAUAG